AUGUCAGUGGGAAUUGCACCUUUAAAUCCUAAGCCAUUUUUAAAUAGUUUGGCUGGAAAAAGAGUAGUAAUAAAAUUAAAAUGGGGAAUGGAGUAUAAAGGGAAUCUAAAAUCUUUUGACGCUUAUAUGAACAUUAGAUUGAUAAAUGCAGAAGAAUGGAUACAUGGUGAUUACAAAGGAACUUUAGGAGAGAUAUUUUUAAGAUGUAACAAUAUUUUAUAUAUAAGAGAGGAAAACGAAAAGAGCAAAACUGAAAAAUAA